AAACACUUCUCUUCAAUCAAACUUGACUGCAAAUUAUGGAUCAAAACAAUCGUCUGUCGAUUAAGAUCUACGAAGACGGCCUGCCAGAGGGUUCAGUCUCGUAUCCAUGCUCGCCACAGGUGAGCGCCGCCGGGCCAGCGCCAGCCACCCACCGCAAGCGCCGAGCAGUGGCGCGCGGAGUUCAGAAAACACUAUCAAAAACUUCAAUGCUGGCCAACUUUCUCCCAACUGGCACUCUCCUUACCUUCGAGAUGAUCCUCCCAUCAGUCUCCGGCGACGGGUCAUGCUCUCCAGUGAGCACCAUCAUGAUUCUCGUCCUUCUUGGCCUCUGCGCUGUCUCCUGCUUCUUCUUCCACUUCACUGACAGUUUCCGCGCCGCAGACGGCAAGGUUUACUAUGGUCUCGUGACGCCAGGUGGUUUGGCCGUGUUUAAGUCCGGGCUGGGCGUGGAGGUGCCGAAGGAUGAGCGGUUCCGGAUGGGGUUUGUGGACUUGGUGCACGCCCUGAUGUCAGUGAUGGUGUUUGCUGCCAUUGCACUGGGUGAUCAUCGUGUCACUAACUGCUUGUUUCCCGGUCAUAUGAAAGAGUUGGACGAAGUCAUGGAGAGCUUUCCACUCAUGGUUGGCGUCGUUUGCAGCGCUCUCUUCCUCGUCUUUCCUAACACUCGCUUUGGCAUCGGUUGCAUGCCCGCUUAACUUAAUAAUAAUAAUAAUAAUAAUCUUUAUGUAUUAAUUUAAUACUGUUUGUACUCCUUGGGAUGGUGGAACUUGUUUGUUUGUUUGUUUGUUAGUUA